AAAGGCUAUGCUAGGCUAAAACGAACGAUAAACUAUCAGUGCUUAUGUGUGAACUGGGACAUAACGGCAAGUUUGGCUUGAAUAGCCUGCUUGUUGUCCAGAGUACAAAUCUGUGGCGACUUUAAAGGCUGGAGAAGUGGAACAAAUGCAAAAAGGACGAGAAGCUGGAGGCGCUAGCUAGCGGUGCGUUUCGGGUGUAAUGUUGCUCUUACGCCGGUAGUCGGGGCCUCGGGAAAUGAAGGCUUUAGUGUGGAAAUGAACCAACUUUACAAACUGAAGACGAAUUUUCAUCAUCAUCACCCGGACGAGAGAAAGUUUAUCAUUUGAAGGAAGCGUCUUUGGGAACAUGGGAGUAUUUUCGGUAUAAAACUUUUUUUUUCUGAGGAAAACAUAAUGGACGCUUAUUCAGAAAAAAAAACCGUUGCAGUUUUGAAAGAAGCUCUGCCUCGCGCGCCGUGUUUCUGUUUCCCAACUGAAGCGCAGCCGCACCCUCUGACGGAUUAGCCAACAAGCUAGCUCCAGUUUUUCCCACACAAAACUCGCCUUUCUCUGAGAAAUACAGCUUCGUUUUAGAAAGAAACCUGUUCAUUUCGAAAGAAACCGGCUGUUAUCCCUCAAACGCCUUGUUUCCCAUUUAAAGUAAAAGCCGCACCCUCUCUAGUUUGCUUCCUCAUACAGACAGAGACCCCACACACACAGAUAACACAACAGAAAGCUGGAAUAAACCUCAUCUUGGUUCUCCUGAAACACCGCUGGAUGGUGAAUGGGUUAGACGAUUAACAGGAUUUUUUUUCUUUUUGUGUGGUUUAAAACAGAUUUACAUGAGAUGUGUACCAACAGGAAAGCCCAGCAGCGUGUGUGCCGGAUGGUGCCAUGGUUCCCAUGCUUUUUGCUGACAGAAAGGUGCAUGAGAAAUGGACAGUAAUGCAUAACGGACCCGGGCUUCAGCAAGAACUGUCCAACAUCACUGGGUUACGAGCAAACAGGAAGAGGUUAAAAGCUGAGGGAAGUCAAACCCUGGUUUCUUGGAGGUUGAAAGUCCAGCCUGGUGCUUUUUUUGGAGUCUUUACACAGCAGGCGUUGUGGGAUGAUGGUGCUGAAAGUGGAGGAGCAUCACAGAGAGCUUAAUUCAGACUGCCGCUGUGUUACAGCCAUGACCCUCAGAGGCACUUUCCACUGGAGGAUCAAAAUUAACAAUGGCUCAUCUGGUUUUAGUCAUUCGGUGGAUUUCAUUUGGCCUCCUGCAACCACGAGAAGGGCAAGGACCUAUCAACGCCCGUCUGCUUGACAUGAAUUAACAAAAAAAAAAACUGACAUAACUGGGGCAAUAGUUUCUUCACACCCUCAGAUUCAGUAUAGAAAGUGUUUUCGAUGAGGAGGUGUAUGUUGGUUGUCUGGAAUCAGCUGGCACUUUGACUUCAUUGUAUGGCACUGCAGCAAGUGUAUGAUUUUUUUUUUUGGUGUCUGUAUGUAUGUAUAUUUGUGUGUGUGUGUUUUGUUGGACCUAGAUAGAUGAAAAACAACCUGUGAAAUGUCAAAUGUACCCAUGAUGUGAUUUUGUGUAAUGUGCACAAUUAAGGUCAAAUUACAUAAACAUUAAGGAGUUCAGCAUAAUUAUAUUGAAGGGAUUUUAAAUGUAGCCUUGUUUUUGACCUCAUUCACUCAUAUUUUUUUUUUUGUAUGCCAGAACACAAUUUCCCUGAGUGAAGUUGCAUUAUCCUGUAUUUCUCCGAUUUUGAAAGCGUUUACUGAAAUAAUUUGUUCACAUCGAAAGCAGUGGAUGUUCGUAUAUUUUCUGAAGGACAACACUUUUUUUGGCCAGUUUCUCAGAGAAGGUGUGGUAUUAUUUCUGAAGACAUUUGUCCUGUAAGUUAUGAGUUUGUACUGUGGAAUGUGUGGUGUAAUCUAUAUAUUGUACAAGAAAGAAAAUCCAGAAUAUUAGCUUGACCACCAUACUAUGGCUAGUAGUGGCUCGGGAAAGUCAGACAGCGAGGUUCCAACGUCCAACAUCCCGAGUGGCAGCUUGCAGCAGCGGAAAAGACUCUCGUCUGUUUGUGACGCAUGCAAAAGCAAGAUGCAGCUGGUGGCGGAUUUGCUUCUGCUGUCCAGUGAGACGAGGCCAGUGAUGACCGUGGAUGGUGUGCCAGUGGCAGAGACUUUUGAGAAGUGUCGGGAUACAGUGAUCGCUAGGACGAAGGAGCUGUCUAUCAUCACUCAUGAUAUUCAGAGCCAGCUUAACAUGGGGAAAUUUACAGAGGUCGGGGAGCGGUUAGUGGAAAUGGGCAAUCUGGUGGUGUCUCUAACAGAGUUUUCAGCUCACGCCGCAUACCUGGCGGCGGUGGAGGCACCAGGUUCACUUGCCGCCGUUCCUGGAUUGGUGGAUCGCUACAAAGUGACACGAUGCCGUCAUGAGGUGGAUCAAACAUGCUCUGUCCUGCGCAUAACCCCACUUCCUGAUUUAACUCCCCAACUCCUCCUGGAAGUUUCCCAGAACAUCCGGAGGAACCUGACCACUCUCACAGAGGCCUCGUCUCUGGCUAGUGAGAAAUCCAAGGACAGGUUUGCCAAAGAGCAGUUCAAAGCCAGUGUAAAGUGCAUGAGCACGAGCGCCACCGCACUUCUCGCCUGUGUCAAGGAAGUAAAGACGAGCCCAAGUGAGCUGACGCGUAAUCGAUGUGUGCUUUUCAGUGGGCCGCUGGUUCAGGCCGUGAACGCAUUGGUGGGAUUCGCCACUGAGCCUCAGUUCCUGGGCAAACCGGCUAACGUUAGCGCAGAUGGUAAAGCAGUGCAGACGGCUGUACUGGGAGGCGCCAUGAGCGUAGUUUCAGCUUGCGUUCUGCUCACGCAGGGUCUCCGGGACGUAUCCCAGCACGCCGAGAACAGCACCCAAAUGCCUACGUACCGUGAAAGGCUGCGCCAGUCAGCUUGUGCAGUCUCUGAUGGAUGUACGUUGCUCUCACAAGCGCUCAGGGAACGAUCCUCGCCCAGGACUCUACCACCGGUCAACUCACAUUCUGUGAAUUAAAACGAAACCCGUUACAGAUAUUUUUUUUUCAACGUACCAAAGAGACUAAUAUGCUUUAACCCCAUGUUGUGUGAUCUCAUUGAGCGAAUGUAGUGAAUUUGUACAAAUAUCUGUUCAACUAUUCCUGUGCAACCAAGAUGGCAGUUGUUUUUUUUUUUGCACUGGAUGUAAUAAAAAAAAAAAAUCCUAGCCGAAACUGACAUCACAACAUAUUUCUAACUUGUGUUCACUCACUGGUAGCCACAGAUGUUGUGGUGAUUCUGUAUGUUGGACUGAAAAUUGUCAAAUUAAAAGAAAACUAGUGGAAAGUUUACCUCAGUUUUAGUGUCUGAGUGCAGCAGACAGAGUAAUGGUUGUAGUCAGAUGUGUGAUGGAUGUUAUUAAGAAGUGCAGUGAGGGUCGGAUGCAUGUUCAUGCUUUGUAUUCCAAUUUGUGAAUCUUUUGGAUGGAUUAAAGCUGCUGUGAGUGUGUGCCAUAGGUUUUACACUAUUUACCAGAAUUACAAUAGCAUUUUUUUCCUGGAUCAUGCAUGUACUGGAGUAUUUAUUUACAACUUAUUAAAAAAAAAAGUUGGUUCUUAUACAAA